AGUUAAUCAUUGAUUUUAGGAGGAACCGUUCUGAUCCUGCUGCAUGCACUAUACAUCGAGGAAAUGUAGAAAUCGUAAUGAAGAAAACGGGGGCCCCUAGAAAACAGGAGAAAGCAGCAACCAUCAAAUGUGGGGUUUGAGAUAAGGAUGCCAGAGACACCUUUAAAAGUAUGGACCUGCUCUUCUGCAGGCAGAAUUGUUCGGAGAUUCGGCAGGAACACAUUCUCCUGAGCUGCUGCAGAGCUUGGUCUGAUUCCUCACCAAAUAAAAUCCCUUUGUUCGGUUCGAGUCCUGAGUCAGGCGGGUUUCUUUCUGCACCUUGAACUCAUCACCUGUCACUCAUAAGAAGAAGGAAGCCUGACUAAAAACGACACUAACCAGGUCACCGGACCACAUCCACAGUGUGAUGCCCCCCGCCUUCUAACCUGUGAGCAACACAACACUUUUAAUACACUCUUUAACAGUAGAUGACAUUUUAUAACAUAAAAUAGAUAAAAUUGGUUUCUUACAGCUUGUGGUAUUAUCAUGCUGUGACUUCUGUUUUUUUGCAUGUGAUGAGCUGUGACAGAAUAAGGAAAGAGAAGACUGGGUUGUCCCCACCUUCCUCUUUCAGAUGAUAAGAGCAGGACUCUGAUGAAGGCUCGGCAGCUGAGCGACGAGAUUCCUGUGCCGCGUUCAGCUAAUGAACCCAAAGAGUUUUCGAACAUAUUCAAAUAAGAGACAAAAAAUGUCUGCCCUCUGUCAUCAGUAUUUGUCGGCCGCUCUUGUUCUUGGUGCCGUUCAACUCAUCGCUGGUUAUAGCUUCAACAACUGCAUCGCAGACUCACACGCAACGGGAACACAGUUCAGCUGCUUCCGUCGACGGGAGAGGAACAUAUCUGCCUUCGUCGACGACCUGCCGUCAUCUGUCACCAAUCUGACCAUUGCCUUUAAUCCGGUGUGUCUCAUUCCCAACCACGCCUUUGCUCAUCUACCAAAUCUAAAGUUCCUCCGAAUAGAUCAUAACCACUUGACGAACGUUCAACCGUCUGCUUUCCAAAACUUGCACCAGCUUCAGUUUUUAAACUUGUCCUGUAACAACGUUUCCAAGCUCAGCCGUGAUGUGUUUAAGGACCUCCACAACCUCACGUUUCUCUCACUGACGAAUAACAAACUGAAGCAGCUUCCUGUGGGGAUUUUCUCGACCACUCUCACUCUGAACACUUUGAUCAUGAGGCAAAACCUUCUGAUGGAUUUCUCUGGGAUUGUCGAGUCUGUGUCACAUCUCCCAAAUCUGAAGACCCUGGACCUCUGCUAUAACCAUUUGACCUCACUCGGCCACAAUGCGUCACUGCCUGCGUCGCUCAGUGUUUUAUAUUUAUGUAGAAAUAAUCUGUUCACGUUAGGAUGUAAACCUUCUUUUCUGGGCUUCAUUAAGGUCCUGGAUCUGUCCUACAACGCUCGGCUCCCGACGGCAGCCUUUCACGGAGUGGAUUUGAAACACGUGAUCUAUUUGCGCUUGCGUUCAACAAAUGUUGAUGUAGUGGAGCUUUUUAACAUCAGUAACAUCAGAACAAAUGCUGUUGAUUUUUCAGGCACCGGUCUGAAAACUUACAGCCAGCUCACUGAACUGUGUAGUUUGCUAAAAAGAAAGGCAAACCCCGUUCAAAAGUUAAGUCUCAGUAGCAAUGGGAUUGAGAAUAUGCCAAAUGACACAUUUUCCCUUUGUCCUACAAUCACAGGGACUCUGGAUCUGUCCCUCAAUGAACUGAAAAGUACAAGUUGUCUUCUCUUCCUCGGUCCACAGAUGCAAAUAAAAAGCUUCAAUGCAGAGCAUAACCACCUCAACGCCCUUCCCUCCUGUUGCGCUCAAAAAACGAUUCCUUUCCUGGAAGAGCUGAGCUAUCGCUACAACCACAUCCUCUCAGUGAAAUCCAUGGCUUUCGUUAAUACACCAAAUAUCAAGGUGCUCCAGCUCAACAUCAACAAAAUCGCCUUUUUCCACCAUCUAGCUCUCAGAGGGCUACGGAUGCUCCAAACGCUCCGCUUGGACAACAACCUCUUAACCGAAUUGUUAAAAGACACCUUUCACGAUAAUUCUAACUUGCAAUAUCUUAACCUACGAAACAAUCGCAUCGCUGUCAUUUUCAACGGGACGUUCCUCAGGCUCAGGAAUCUGACCACACUGGACCUGGGAGGUAACAAGAUCACUCACUUUCAGCCAUCAGGUCUUAAAGGGCUCACAAGUCUGGCCAAAUUCUAUCUCGAUGGAAACAACCUCCUGCAGAUUGACGCUUCCUUCCAUCACGUGUUUCAUGAUGCACUCACAGUGUUGGAUCUCAAAGGUAAUCAGAUUUGCUUCCUGAAUGAAAAGGUCAACUCACCAUUUUCCAAUCUACGCAACCUCAGAGAUCUGAAACUGGACGCACAGAGGCCGUAUGGCCUCGGGAAUUUACCCUCCGCUUUUUUCCGUGGUCUUUACUCUUUGAAAAAUCUGUAUCUCACCAACAAUUACCUCUCUCAGUUUGCCCCUGAUGCAUUCGAUGACCUGACAAAUUUGAACUUCCUCUCGUUGGACAGCUGCUGUAAAGGAGUCGCCAAACUUGAAGCGGGAGUCUUCAGAAAGCUACGAAACUUGACCAAACUCAGUGCAGAGAAUGUGGGCAUCGAGGACUUCUCAGCAGAGGUUUUUGGGAAUCUGACACAUUUAAGUAUGCUGGAGCUGAACUACAACGUGAUGCGGAGCAUGGAUGUAAACGUGCUGCUGAGCCUAAAGAAACUGCGCUACCUUGACAUACGUAAUGUUCCUUUAAGCUGCACCUGCGAGAACAGCCUGCUGCAAAACUGGACGCGACAAAACCCAAACGUCCAAGUGGUUUAUCUCUACAAUCAGCCGUGUCCGCAUGACGCUGAAGUCAAAUUCUACAAUUUUGAUACCAAAGUUUGUUUCAUAGAUUUGGGAGAAUAUCUGUUCUUCAGCACGGCUGUUGUUAUCUUCCUGUUCACACUCACUCCCAUUCUUUAUGUCAAACUCUACUGGAAGUUGAAGUACAGCUACUACGUGUUCCGCUCGUGGUUCAGCGAGCAGUGGCGCAGGAUGAGAGAGGAGGAGGAGAACUGCACAUUUGAUGCAUUUAUUUCCUAUAAUUCCUGUGAUGAGAAGUGGGUCAUGGACCAUCUGGUGCCAAACCUGGAGGGAGACGGAUCUGGUUUUAAACUUUGCCUCCAUCACAGGGACUUUGAACUGGGACGCUUCAUCGUGGACAACAUCGUCUCCGCCGUAUACAACAGCCGUAAGACCGUGUGUGUGGUGAGCAGGAGCUUUCUACAAAGCGAGUGGUGCUCUUUGGAGAUCCAGCUCGCCAGCUACAGACUCUUUGACGAGCACCGAGACGUCCUCCUGCUCGUGUUCCUGGAGCCCAUCUCUGAGCGACAGCUGUCGUCGUUUCACCGCAUGAGGAAAGUCAUGCUCAAAAAGACCUAUCUGCAGUGGCCGAGCUCAGACUGCAUUAACCCGGUGCAGGCCCAGGAGCUGUUCUGGGAUCAGCUCCGUCGGGCCAUGAGAGCGGGGAGCAGAAUCCAAACAGAGAGAGAACAUGAUUGUGAUUCUGCUUAAAGUGAGGACAUUUGGAGACAUUAGAUGUGAGAAGAGAGUGAUGACAGUCUGAUGUGAAUGUACAAUUUCAUGCACUGAAACACCAACAACAUCAUUUACAUGAGCAGGAAUCAGCUCUGUCGCUUUUCUUGUGAUCACAUAUGCUUUAUUUUGAUUGAUGGCAUUACUACAUGUUUUACUCGACCUUUUCCUUUAAUGUAUAAC